AUGAUUCUGAGGCGAAAUUCUCGAGAUACAAGUGGAUCCAGUGCUUCUAUUUUGGGACUUAAAGUAGUUGGUGGGAAAAUACUCGAAAAUGGAAUGACUGGGGCUAUCAUAGAAAAGGUUAAAAAGGGCAGUAUAGCUGAUGUGGAAGGCCAACUAAGACCUGGUGACGAGGUUAUCGAAUGGAAUGGUCGAUCUUUGCAAGGAAAAUCUUCCCAAGAAGUAGCCGAAAUAAUUGCCGAAAGUAGACAGGAAGCUAACGUAGAGCUAAUAGUUUCCAGAACUAUGGGAAGCCGAAGAGUGGCACAAGCAAGCUGGAGACAAUCAGCCGCACAGAGAGGAACUACGGAGCCUAUGUGGAACCAGACAUUUGUAUACUCAGGACUGAGGAGGGCAGAUCUCCGACUUCGUGCUUUAGAAAUAACAGUAUGGGAUUAUGUUAGAUAUGGAGCGAAUGAUUUUUUAGGAGAAGCUAUUGUUGAAUUGUGGCCUUUGGAGAAUCAACCAACGUGGAGAACGUUGGGUCCUCAUGAAGAAAUUGCUCUGACACCAAGCGAACAUCUCUCGCCACCUAGUACAGGGUCCAGGUUUUCUGACAGCGAUACGCCGUCGGAGUGUGAUAUUGAAGGUGGACGAGAUCGACGAAACGCAGAUGGAGCCAGCGUGAGUAGCGUAGGUAGUUCCACUAGCCCACCCCGGGAAAGUGAAAGGAGAUCCCGAAGAGAUCAAGAGACCAUGCAAGCAUAUCACAUGUGUAACAACAAUAGGAAGACCGGAAUGGUUGGUCACCGAUCCCAUUCAGCGGCUCCUUGCGAUUCUCCCAGCGUCCAUUUAUCUCGUUCCCGUUCGAAAUCACCCCGACGUUCCGCUACCGACCACCGAUCGCUCUCGCCACCGGACGUCCGCCUUACCGAAUACACCCCUACUACGUACAAAAUGUCGCGGUUUCAGUCGCGAAGUGCCACAGCGACACCUACCGGCUCGCCGAAAAAACGCCAGCUCCCUCAAGUGCCACAAGCGCUCGCCAGAGCGCUACAGGAGAGAGUAUCGCAGGACUUGGAAGGGACCAGUAUCAGUACCAGAAAUAGGAUGAGGUAUAUGCAUACUUAUAGAAGUACAGGAUCUGGCUGGGAGAGGAGGUAUAGUGGUUUAAGUGACAGUGAUCUAGCCAAUCAUUCAAGAUUCAACACCAGAAGAUGCUUCUCACCCGAAAAAGAAAGAGAACGGGAUCCCUUAGGCUUAGUGGAUUUUGAUAGUGAUAUGGAAAGUGUCGCGUCAGUUACCAGCAGUGCUUUUUCAACUCAAUCAGAAAGGCCGCGUGGAACCAGAGGAUUAGGGAAUAAACUUAUAGCGUCUAAUCCUGACGUAACAAAUUCUCCCAAAAACAACAAAGCGAAAAAUUUCAAAAUCCGUAACGUAUCUAAUCAAACCUCUCAUCCCGAGCCCAAACACAAUAAAAAAAAUAAACAGCUUAAUAAGUCAGUCACCUUCAGCUUCGUUAAAACGUACCAUCCUGUAGAAACACCUCCGGACACCCCAAAUAUUCGCAGACUUUUACCCGUUCCUGUUAGCUGCACUAGUUCCAUCGGAGAAAACGACUCCGAACCGUGCACAAACCCCGAAAUUAAAAGCGCUCGAGGAGUUUUCAGUGGUGACGGAUGUAGUGACGUGUUUGAAAGUUUUCAAGAAACUUUCAGCACGCAUUUUCCAGAUUGUAGUUGUGAAAAUGAAGUUUUUUUAAAAGAAAAGUUUCUCAAAUAUGAAUCUAAAGAUAGUUCCACUACUGAAAAUAAAACUCCUAUCCCCGAUAUUGAAAACCCCGCUUCUGAUUUAUUUCCAUAUGUAAAUAAUAAAAGGCGUUCAAGUAUAUUAACUAAAACUGCAGCUAUAGACAAAAGCAGCGAUAACUCUGAUCUUUCCACUAACGAUGAAUUUUCAGAUAAUAAUACUCCAAAUAAUGCUAUAUCUCCACCCCUAGUACCUUCUUCAUUAUUUAAAAUGUGUAGUGUAGAUAACAAUAGUAGUGCUAGCCAACCUUCUAAUGAUACCAAAAUUAUUAGUACCGAAUACGGCUAUAGAACUAUGAACUCCAGAGGUGCUAGGGAAAGAGACCAUGAACAUAGGGAACCCAUAGAGCCUCUUGACCCGCAUCACAACUAUCAUUUAAAUCACAACCAGCAUCACCAUCACCACCACCAUCAUCACCACCACAGAGAGAGUAGCGUCAAGAGAGGACAGUUUACAAGGAGUUUAUCGAACACCGAACCACCAGUAGAAGAAAAAACCGAUGGAAGCUUAAGUGAUACUGCUGUAAGUCAUCUGCAUGGCCUUGAAGUUCCUCAAAAAGAUAUGGGAAGGAAAGAUGGUCCACGGGAUCGAGAUAGGGACAGAACGGGACAGUUUGUUGGUCUUAGUAAAAAAAGUAAUUCUACCAGCCAAUUGUCCGCGACAGACAUUGGGGUGCAUAGAAAAAGGGUAACUUCAACAGUUAGCAGCAUACAACGAUCGCAAGAGGUGGUGCCUAGCAUACCAACUAGAUCUUCAGACUGCAGUCAGAGAGCAUCUAGUCUUAACUCCAUUUCUAGUUCAGAAGGAUCUUCGUGGUCGCCUUCGCUGCGGCUAACAGCAGCUGGUGAAGGUCAGCUAGCAGAAUUUAUCGAAGGUUUAGGUCCUGGACAGCUAGUAGGCAGGCAAGUGUUGGGAUCACCGUCUCUAGGAGAUAUCCAGUUAGCUCUUUGUCAUCAAAAAGGGUUUUUGGAGGUUGAAGUUGUUCGAGCGCGAGAUCUGCAGUCCAGAGCCGGUUCGAAAGUGUUACCAGCUCCUUAUGUAAAAGUAUAUCUAGUUAAUGGUAAAAAAUGUAUAGCUAAAGCGAAAACAACAACGUCUCGAAGAACACUAGAUCCUUGGUACCAACAACAAUUAGCAUUUAAGGAAAAUAUUCAAGGCUGUAUAUUACAAGUGACCGUAUGGGGUGAUUAUGGUAGGCUAGAAGGCAAGAAAAUUUUCAUGGGGGUAGCGCAAAUAAUGCUCGACGAUCUCAAUUUGAAAAACAUCGUUGAGGGCUGGUACAAAUUAUUCGGAACGACCUCCCUGGUUAGUGGUGCCCCCUCUCUAGGUCUAUCUAGUCGGGGAUCCUCGGCUAGCCUUGAUUCUAUCAAGUUAUAA